UCAUUCACACCUAAGGGCAAUUUAGAGAGACCAGUUAACCUAACAGUCAUGUUUUUGGACUGUGAGAGGAAGCGGGAGUACCCUGUGAGUACUAAGAGGAGAAUUCAUGCAUGCACGGGGAGAACAUGCAAACUCCAUGCAGAAAGACCCCCUGCAUUUAGCUACAUCCAUCUUCCUAUCAACUCUGAACAAAUUCCCUGUCCCUGAAAAAAAAAAAACAUUGAGUAGGGUGCGCAAUGUUUGUUGUCUAACUGCACAUAUAACAUUUUGCAUUCAGGCCAAGUUGUUCAAUUUUAGUCUCCUCACCUUCUUCCAUGUUUGCUGUGUUCCCGGCCUGGUGUGUGGUGUUUCUUGUUUUCUUCUGUAAGGUCUAGUCUUUUGGAGUACACGGCUUAUACUGCUGUCAACAGAUUCUCCCACCUCAGCUGUGAAUCUCAGUAGCUCCUCCAGAGCUACCAUGGUCAUCUGGCUGCUCUUACCUACCCUGUCACUUUAGCGAGAUAACCAUGACUUGCUCAGCUUGCAGCUGUGCGAGACACUUUCCAUUUUUGGAUGAUGAAUAGAACAGUCGUCUGUGAGAUGUUCAAAGCUAAGGAUAUAUUAUUUUGUGAUCUAUUCCUGCUUUAAACUUCUCCACAGCAUCAUCCGUGACCUAAUUUACUAAUUCGGUGAAAUCUGAAGACAAUUUGCAGCACUGGGUUUAAUUUAUUGAUAUUAGAACAAAGAGGCCACAUUUUUUGUGUUUCAUUGUAAAACAUUUUGAGAAUCCUGCAUCAUUUUCGUCCCACCACAGCAAUACUUUGUUCUGGAUGAUGAUAUAAAAUUUCUGAUAAAAUACACUGAAGUUUGUGGUUGCAAUGUAGCAAAUGUUAAAAACUAAAAUAACCACAAAAUCGAUCAAAUUUAACAGCAGAUUAAUAAUUGCCUUAAAACAUUUGUCGUUGUAACUGUUGAACUGACACAAGCUUUCAAACUGUCUACUCACAAUACAAACAUAUUGGUUCAAUGCUACCAUUGUUAUACGGUAAAAAUGCAAUACGUUUAAUAAAAGCACGGAUUUCUGACGCUCUUUGUGUUUUAUUCCAGAGACGGGCACAGGGACCAUGCAGACUCCUCAGACACUGAGGGGCCGUCCUCCUGUUCUGUCCAUGCACCAGCAUCCACUGACAUUGGCCACAUUAAACACCCUGCAUUCAUAAAAAGAGAAAGAAAGAAAGAAACGAGAAACCAUCUAACAAGAGCAACGCCAACAGCUUCCCGCUGCCGCACUGCACGUCGUCAGAAAGCGCUGAAACUCCAGAGAGGAAUAGAAAGAAGAAAAGAAAAUGGCCAAAACUGAGAGGCAAAGACGAAGUUUGAAGAGUGACGACUUUUUCUUUGAUUCAGACGCAUCUCUCUUGGAUCAGCAAGAUUUCGACAUGUCCAGCUGCGCAUUCAAUGAGGUCUUUAACUCCAAAGACUCCCACAUGGAGCAGAUCACAUUCCUGAAAAACGUUCAGGUCCUGCUGGAGGCUGCAAGGUUUCUUGAGAGCGCCGAGCGCAAGGACGGAAAGUGCGAACAUGGAUACGCUUCGACCUUCCCUUCCAACCAGAGCACAAACUACCAGAGGCAGAGGAAAUUCCGAAAUAAAAAGUUCAGCAGUAACCACAACAGGUCAACACACAAUGAACUUGAAAAAAACAGACGAGCUCACCUGCGGCUGUGUUUGGAGAGGUUGAAGGCCCUCAUACCUCUGGGACCUGACUGUAGCCGCCACACCACCCUGGGCCUACUCAAACAAGCCAAAGCACACAUAAAGAAACUUGAAGAAGCGGACAGGAAGAGCCAGUACCAGCUGGAGUCUCUGGAGCGCGAACAGAGACACCUACAGCGUCAGCUGGAGCUGCUGGGAGCAGGAACUGCCACUCCAGUCCAGAGCAGCCCAGGGGAGGGCGAGAGGAUACGCAUGGACAGCGUUGGCUCCACCCUCUGCUCCGACCGCUCGGACUCGGACCAAGAAGAGAUUGAGGUCGACGUAGAAAGCACUGAGUUCUCCCAUGGAGAGCUCGACAGCGUGAGCACGGCCAGCACCAGCGACUUAGACGACCACAGCAGCCUGCAGAGCAUGAACAGCGACGAGGGCUACUCCUCCUGCAGCGUCAAACUCGCCUUCUCCUCCUAAAGCCAUCACCGCCAGCACAACCAGCCCUGCCAAACCCGCCCGUCCUCCCUGCCGUCUGCUUACCCAUCCAGCUACGGCAUCGCCUGCGCUGACGGCAUCCCCUCCUACCUACGCUCCAAGCCUUCUCGUUACGCCUCAUCCGCUCCAUCCACACUUCUGGAGGAGCUACAGUGAGAGCUCCCCUACCAACACUGUCACCUGUGGCCCCGGACAACUGGUUUUAAGCUUCGUGUAAAGGGAGAUCCGAGACUUUACACACACAUUUUCUGUGGAUUUUUAAACCCACGACAAAAAAAAAUCUAGAAUUGAUUUUAAUUGUGAUAUUUGCUUUUCAUUUUUAAAAGAUGCACAACCCCUGAUUUUACUCAAAAUGCACUUAAAUUUUUAUAUUGGUGAACUUAUUCAGAGUUUUUAGUUCUUUAAUGUGGUUGUGUGUCGAGCUGAUGUUAAUUAAUCUUUAGAGUCUGGUGUUAAACCAGAGCUUGUUUAACAACGGGGUGAUUUCUGCCAUAUCAACGCUGCUCGGCCUUGAAAACGGCCCUGCAGUGCUAAAUGUCAUCCCCGACUUAUUGUUUAUCUCUGCUUGACACCACAGAGGCCCAAAUCCUCAAAUCUGGUGCUAUCAGGGAAGCAGAUCAGAUUCGUUACCACUCAGAGAGUCUUCUGAGUUUUAAACCAAUCACAGAGGAAAAUAACAUCAUUCCUACAGAUAGUUGGUUCCCAGGGCAGUUUCAAGGAGCGGAAAUCAGAACUUUGUGCUAAUGUGGUGUUUUUUGGUUCCUUUUCCCCUCAACUAGCAGCUACAACAAGCCAUCCAGCACUUGCCUAUUUUGCAGCUGUCCACAUAAUAAGGCACAAUCUAAGACAAGAUAAAAACACACAAAAAAGCAGCAGCAACAAGGAAAAAAUCCAAACGGCUACAAGGUUUGGAACAGACAUAUGUCCUUUUUCCAGCAGUAAGAAGCAAUAACUCCCACCGUUGUUUUUAUCUUUUCUAUUUCAGCUCCUCCAAUUUAUUUUCCUGGUCUCCUCAAAGAGUUCUGUGUGACCGUCCCAAACAAACAAAUUAAAGCAAAUUUUUUUUUUUGUACAUACAAAUAGCUUAAUAAAUCAAACUUAAAAAAUGAGUUUAAAAAAAAGAUAGAGCUCAUGAAUAGAAAUAUGGCCUCUGUUGCUGUUUGACUUGUGUUCAUUGUGCAUUAUAAAUGAAAGUUUAACUUCAACAUUUCUUUGCUGUUUGAAAUAAUUAACAACUAUUUACUUCCCGCCCUGACAGGGAGCAACAUUUAUUUGUGUGAUGAAAAACAAAACAAAGCAGCUCUCUGUCCAUCCGGACUUUAGUUAGAGGGUGCAGCUGUUGUUCGGCACAGUUUUCUUUUUAUUUAUUGGACUUUUUUUUUGGUUAUCUUGUUAAUAUUCUUCGUGCAUGUGGCAUUCCUCUGGUGGGUCAGGUGUUCUGAAGGAGACAAAAACGGGUUGUAUGAUGUCAAUAAUCUCCAUCCUAACCUUCACUGGCAUUAUGAAUUGCACUCCAACCACAGAUUUAUUUGUUAAACCUGCCAUCUAUUCAUUUGCGUCUGAAAUGAAAAAGAGAAGAACUCCCACCCGUUAUGAAUAUUUAUUUCUCAGGCCCUUAAAGAGCAUAAGCAAUGGGAAACAAGUUAACUUAUUUUGGUUCUGUCUUAUUUUACUCAAUAUUCCUCAUUCCUUAUUUUAAGAAUUGUAUAUUUUAUGAGUUAUUAUUAAGCAGAUUUUUUUUGUUUUUCAUGAUGGGGAGGAUUUUAAGGAAUAAAAAAAAAAUGUAGCCAUUUUGUUUUGAUUAUUAUUUUUCUGAUGUUUUAUUCUAUGGACACUUGAAAUGUACUUAGCCCCUAAGCUGCUCCUAGUGCUGAGCCUCGCCUGUCUGGAGUCGCCAGCCCUGUCCAGAACCACCUCUGUCCCCCUGAGCAGCGCGUCAUCCGGGGUUUUUUUUACUGCUCUGAGGGUCGAGUUGCUUCUGCACAAGACUUGCUUACAGCCAAGACUUUACUGGCAAAUACUGAGCCUGCUACUACACAAUAAAAGGGGAACUAAAAUCUCCACCUUCCUCUAUCAUGAGGAUUGUAGUCUCUAUUAGACUUGUGUUUUAGUUGACUAAAUAUGUCUUACAUUUACCUCCAUUUUGAGGAUUUAAUGAAGAAAAUGACCACAAAAAGAACAAACUUUUGGUUUCUGUCUGAAGGAUGUCACUAAGGUGUGCAGUUUGACAUGUGAGUUCCUUGCAGAGAUCCGUUGAGGUUGUUGGACUUGGCACUGAAUCAGAAAGCCACCGCUAUUGGUGCUUUAUUAUAAAGAAAAUGCCAAAAACACCUCAGAACACCUCAGUGUCCUCUCUCUCUCUCUCUCUCUUUCUCUGUCUCUCUCUCUCUCUCUCUCUGAGGGACAGUUUACAUUUGCUUCCCCCCUUUAAUUUAAUAACUUUCAUCUUAGUGUUGCUUUAUUGUUUUCUUUCCUUCAUAUGUUGGUUUUCUGAAUCUACACUGCUGACUGAAGAAGGGCCUCAUGGCUGACAACAGAGGGAUGUCUCUCCCUGUGCAACAUGCUGUUUUUUAUGCACUUGAUCAGAUUUGAUUAAAUGUUAAAACUAGAGAUGCACCAAGAAAUCGAGUGAUGGCCAGAAUGGGAUGAGUUUGGAUCUUGACUGGCCCUGACCGGUGACCCGCCAUUGUGAUUACAGAGUUGUCAUUUUAAGUAUGUGUGUGCAUUCCUAAGCAAAUGGACCUGAUCCAGGACUUUUCCACACGCAUGUCUUCAGGCUCAUUUGGGUGAAUUUUAGCCUUCUAGGGAGUAUUUAUCUUAGAAUGACAUGUCUGCACAAUUUAGUAAGCUGAGCUUGAUUGUGGUCCUGGAUGAGCUAAUGGGCAGGUCUGAAAAAUGAUUUCUGGCUAUGAUGCAGAUUCAGAAGCAUAUCUUUAUAAAAUUAUAUUUUUCACCUGAGUGUUUUAAGCUCAAGUUCUAGUUUUGGAGUUUGGGCAGAAGCGGGAACUUCCACCUCCAGGCGUGUCAGGUGGAAGUUCCAGAGUUGAUCAGUAAACCAAACCUUUUCCUUGUGUCAGUCUCGGCACUUAUGGACGCCCACUUCAAGAAGCAGUGCUGUAGAGAGCCUCCUGUUGUGAACCUGUGGCCAUUCUUUGUAAAACAUUCACUCUGGUGAUGAUGAUGAGGAUUCUAGUUGUGUAUGUUGAACAGGCAAUACCAACAAUAAAGCCACCAAGAUUUUCAAACCUAAAGGACUGAAAUGAGCUGUUAAUACCAUAAAAUGUCUCUCUCCUGAAUGUACUGUAAAAAAAUGGCUCACAUUAAGAUAAAUAAAGUUUGUGAAUAUAAAACA